CCCCUCGUACACGUUGUCUUUAAACCCCCCGAGCAGAGCCACUCGCUCCAGUCUGUGUGUGCCGAGCGACUGGGAGGAGGUGGGGUCUAGAUACUGGUGGUCGUGGACUAGUGGACGUUUACGUGCGAAUCGUGCUGACUGCCAACGACGACGCUUUUUUUUUUGAGAAAAGCCCCUCUUGGGGUCUCCUGCCUCCUCUGUCAAGGACACCACUGUCAGAUAGUUACCUUCUGCGUGUAUCGACCUUUUCUGCCGGUGUUUCUAACUGAGACCAAGCGAGAUUUCUUUCAAUCACACCCGCCUCAAUCGUCAGUGUCAUAGGCGGGGUUGUAUGAUGAGGUCGUCUUGCAGCAGGGGUUUGGUUACGUUAAGAUAAGGCGGAUUUUGUGUUCAGAACGGUGGUUUGAGCGUUGGGUGGGCUUGUGGCUUUGUAAACCCUUGUAGUACUCCGAGUGUGUGAAGAAAUAACGUUACAUUACAGAGGAGCAUAGCUGCUUGUGGGGCCGAGGGAAUCGCUGAUCAUCCAUGAGCUCCGAUUUUCCGCAUUACAGUUUCAGGAUGCCAAAUAUAGGAUUCCAGAACCUUCCUCUUAAUAUCUACAUCGUGGUGUUUGGGACAGCGAUCUUUGUCUUCAUCCUCAGCCUCCUCUUCUGCUGCUACUUAAUUAGGUUACGACACCAGGCACACAAAGAGCUAUAUGCAUACAAACAAGUCAUUCAGAAGGAAAAAGUCAAAGAGCUAAAUUUGCAUGAGAUAUGUGCAGUUUGCUUGGAGGAGUUCAGACAGAAAGACGAGCUGGGAAUUUGCCCAUGCAAACAUGCCUUUCAUAGGAAGUGUCUCAUCAAAUGGUUGGAGGUGAGGAAAGUGUGCCCACUAUGCAACAUGCCUGUCUUGCAGCUCGCCCAGCAGGCCAGCAGCACGGACCCCUCUGUGCCAAUACAGCAGCCUCUGCCUGGAAUUGAGAAUCCUGUGUAGCAGACUCAGACAGUAUACUACAGACACACAAACACACAUCCCAUUGCUCUUACUUCCACCUGUACAGGUACACUUUGGUUUGAGUCUGUAGACAGAUUGGAAAAACUGGAGUUGAACUGCAUAAACUUGUGAAAAACUCACAUGGAUCCGCAGCGUCCGCAGCCAUCGUCACCUCUGAUCUUUGCGUUGGUUCACAAAAGGACUACCUGAUGUCAGCCCUGGCUGAUUACAAAGUGUUUUCAUGUAUUUCUUUUUAAGGACAAUGAAGAAAAGUUGAUCUUGAAGUCAGCCAUGAUGUGGUUGAUAACUUUCUUGCAACCAAAGCACUUUUCUGGGGACACCAGCUAAAGACCACGAGGAAAAAAAACACAAAAGCCAAGAACAACACACUAAAAUUUUAUUUUAUUUUAUUACAUUAUUUUUUACAAGCACUUUACAAGAAGUCAAACCUUAAUUGCUUGUGAUCGUAUCAGCAAGGUCAUAUUUUACUUUUUAUCAAUAACUAUUAUUUUGUGUACAGUAAAACUCCACACAGGUUUUUAUUUUUAACUAGUAAAUCUUGGUUUUUAAACAACACUAAAAAAUCAUAUAUAUAUCAAAAGGACAACAGUAUUUAUGUUGGUAUAUUUGGACACUAGUUUGUGUUCAAAUUGCACACACAUGCACACAAACACACACACACACACACACACACACUGAAGAACCUAAGCUAAAAGCAGCACAUGACUUCAUGUCUGACUAAAUGUGAACGCUUUGAGUGUUGAAACCUGGAAUUUUACACAAAAUCCAACAAACUCUAUAUGAAGCUUCUCAAAUUUGUUCUCUCGUCACCUUUUUGUCAUCAAUUACAUCGUGACUGUUACUUAAUGAUUCUUUUUUUAUUUUUUUGUCAAAACAGAAAGGUGAUACAAUGAACAAGUACAUUUUCACUAAAGGUUUCUGAAUGCUGUUAGACAAGUGCAGACUAUUUACCGUCAGCCCAGCUUUUUUUUUUUUUUUUGUAAACCUCUCCAACAGAAAACCAAGCUUUCAAAAUAAGGGUUUUGGCUACUAUGAUUUAUCUAAACCAGUAUCGGUAUAUAACUUGGUGCGUUAUCUACAGAACAGUUUUACAGAUCAAACACCAGUAAUGAGACAAUAUUGAACAAAAAACUUUAAAAUGACAUAGAGUAAAUGUCCCACUUUUAUUUUGCUCUGCAGCAACAUUAUAUUUUGCUGAAACUGGGCUGGGUGAAUGUUACCGCGGCUUGUUGCUUCACAUUAACGCUGAGACAGUUCGCAAAGCGACAAAUGUCAAACUGUUAUGUUGAUCCGUCCUAAACACACAAAUCCUGCUAAAAACUGAUGGAUAUUUAUUUUAUAAAGAGAUCAGGAUGAACUCAUACUUAAAAUGUGCUGCGCACACACUUGUAGUUAUCUUUGCUUCCACCUCAAUAUAUUUUUUUAAUUUAUUUUCUUUAUUUAUAAUAAUUUCUUGGUACAGCUGCGCAGAGUGAACGAAUUAACAAACCAAUGCCCUCGGCAUAUCUUUGGUUAAGUUACACUAUGUAAAACACACUUACAUGCACACAGGGAGGGGCUGCCAGAAGGUCAGUGGACAGCAGGUUAUAGUGAAACAGCAUUUUCAUUCAUAACCCCACAUACAGGGUAGUUGAGCUUUUUGGCUGCAGUAUUCUGGUGUUUUCACCACUCUCAUGCUCUCUGUAUGGUACAGGGUGCUUUUGUGCCACACACAGUAAAUUGGAGCCCUGCUUUUGUGUUUGUGUGUGUGUGUGUGUGUGUGUGUGUGUUGUUUUUUUUUUUUUUCCUCAUCUCUUUUAGCAUUUGUUGUGGAUAACUGUGCUGAUAUAAAAGGGGGCCUAACAAAACGUAUGCUUCACAGUGAUAAUGGCUUGGAGACUUGUCUUUUAUUGUCAGAUGAAACUGGGACAUUGUUUUAAAGGCACAAUCUGUGAUACAAAUGUAAACAAAAGAGUAGUCUCACUACAAAAUAAAUACAAAUGUAACCUGCUAACAUUUAAAUGUCACUUUGUAAUGUGUUCUGAUGCAGUGAAAGGUCUGGGCUGCUUAAUGAUGAAAGAAGCAAACAGGCUUAUGGGGAAAAACACUCGGAUCCAAUUCAUCUAUGAUUCAGUCUUCAGCUGCCUUAGUGAAUACACGGUAUUUAAAGGGUGAACGUUUACUGAUUUGUGCCUUUAAAAACAGGAAGCAUUGUCAUGACAGAACUGCAUAGGUUCCCAGCACAUGGACGGUUUGACAAGGGACAAUGUGUUUCACCUUCUCUGGCAAAAGAUCAUUGUUUCUCUCAUCACUGUGGUUGGCAUCUUUUAUCUUUCGUUGCCUCACAGUGAUGACUUCUGUUGUUCAGUCACCGCAAGGUGAAAAUGUCACAUGGUUACUACAUGAGGGCAAAAGAAGGAUUUCUCUGUCCUAGGUGUAGUCACUUGGUGGUUUGCCUUUAAUGAGGUCCAGUCAUCUUAUAUUAAUGUAGCACCGUGUUACCUCUGAUGUGAACACUAUUAUUGCUUCAGCAAAACUCAAAUUCAAAGAAGGACUGUCUACAUUAGGUGUAUUUAAACAAAAACUGUGGCAUUUACAAACAACAUGUUAAUUGGCAGCAUAACAACCUGUAUAUUGAUGAUUUUGCUGUGGUUUUAAGUUGAACAAAAUGAGCAGCAGUAGGGCCUUUUGUCAGUGUUGUUAUGUACAGUAUUUGGUACCUUCUUGCUUCUUAGUCUUUGGCUAUGAACAGACUGUUUCAUUGACCCUGUAUCUCACAGCAGACCUUUACAUAGUGAAACCCAAUAUUCUUAGUCAUGCAUUAUUCCCCCAAACUUCCCUGAAAGACAGCUGAUACUUUGUAGCAUGACGCUGAUAACACAAGUCUUAAAGCUUUGUUUACUGCUAAUGUUUUUGUCUGUGAAUGUAUGGUUCACCUGAGGAAGAAAAGAAAAUGAGAUUUCAUGUGAUAGCAGGUCAUUUUAUAGUCGUAUUUCCAUCGAUAGCACCAUUGCCAAAUGUAUGUAGACACUAGCACCAGAAGUAGUAUAUUUACACACAAGGUGCAUGAGAAACUUCUUCCUGCCAUUUGGCCAUUUUAAGUGGUGUGUUUGAUUGAAAACACUUGUGGUCUUUUCACUUGAACUUCCUUGUUUUCUUUCCUGUGAGCCAUCCUAAUCCCACUUUAUACAAAGUGCCAACCCAAAAGGAAGCACUACAAAUCACAGAACCAGCCACCUAAAAAGAAUUGUUUAAAAAAAAAAAAAA